AUGAUGUACGCAGCGCUUUUGUCCCUGCUUCCUAAGGUCAUGGCUCAUCCCGGGCAUCACCAUGGGACUAGCGUAAUGCAUGGUGAAGUAAAAGACAGCGUUAUAGCACAAUUUCUCUUUCCAUACUCAGCGCGUGUCAACGCACUACUGGCGACCGUCUACAUCUCAGCCGCACCAUGUUUGAUAGUAACCGCAAUUCCAGAACUCCGAAAGGCUAAAAGGGGAUCAUUGUUAUCUCUUCUGAUGUCCUUUGCUUUCGGGACAUUGAUGGGGGACAUUAUUCUACAUUUACUGCCCGAGAUAUUUUCAGAAGCUAUCGACGUUAACGAGGAGGCCCAAUGGUUAAAGUUCCUCGACGGUCUCCCCUUGCAAGAUUCAACUAACGGACAUGUUAAGGAUCUUCUUGUAACUCUCAAGCCGUCACUGACUUCACAUAACUCCCCAAGCAAGAUGAGGACGAUGGCCCUAGGAUUCCUCGUGUUUUGUGGGUUUGUUAUUUUCAUGGUAAUAGAUAAGGGUUUGAAGAUCGCUAAUUCCGGUGGCGAGCAUGAAGAGGGACAUCAUCAUGGCCAUUCUCACAUUUUCUCAGUUCAGCAUGAAAAGGAGGCCGAAGAAGGUGUUGAAGCUGUCAGCUCUGGCAAAGUCGUUACUUCUGACGAGGGCAUGAACGUAGUACGCAGAAGUAAAGGAAACAAAACGGAAGGCAGUGAUGUCGAUGACGAUAUUGGCCAUGAACGCGCUCCCCCACAGUCAAGUUCGCUAAAAGCGUCUGCAUACCUCAGUCUGGUAUCUGCAUUCGCGCAUAACAUUACUGAUGGCGUCGCGUUAGCAUCGGCAUUUUACAAAUCCAAGCACACUGGCAUUGUUACGACCUUGGCUGUGCUGAUGCAUGAAAUCCCACACGAACUUGGCGAUUUCGCCAUUCUAUUAGCCUCUGGGAUCAAUUUCAACCAGGCUCUCCUCCUGCAGCUAGUCGGUGCUUUCGGGGCUUUAAUUGGUACGCUUUGCGGCUGUAUUGCUAACGAAAUGGCUGCUGGCACCGCCGAUACCGGAAUUGCAAGCCGCAUCAUUCCCGAAAUUGGCUUCCCAACUUUUGUUGCACACGCCAGCUCCAAGUGGCCUAUUUCUGCAGGGGAACUCAUGUUGCCCAUUACAACUGGCGGCCUUCUUUUCAUCUCCACGGUAGGCGUCGUCCCGGAAUUAUUGAAGGUUACAGGUUCUUCGAAGAAGAACGAGCUGACCAACAGUUUGAGACACUUAGGCAGCGUAUUCGCCGGGUUCGUGCUCAUGGCAUGGAUGGGCCUAAACGAAUAG